GGCCCUGAAUGUGCUCGGAUCGAUGAUGACUCCCUCAACAGCAUUCCUUGGAAAAGCUGAACAAAAUGAGUGAGAACUCCCUCCCGUCGUUCUCAUCGAAACUGAGGUCCAGCACGUUGUCCGCCCCAGGGAAGGUGCAGUGGCCACGCCAGGCUCGCGGUCGGCCGAGAGAAGAAGGCCUCCCUGGCCCCCGAGUGCCUGUGGUGUGCGGCACGGCCGGAAGAAGCGUGGCCCGGAACGGGCACCUUGCUGACGCGAGCGUCCGGACGCAUUCCUUGGAAAAGCUGAACAAAAUGAGUGAGAACUCCCUCCCGUCGUUCUCAUCGAAACUGAGGUCCAGCACGUUGUCCGCCCCAGGGAAGGUGCAGUGGCCACGCCAGGCUCGCGGUCGGCCGAGAGAAGAAGGCCUCCCUGGCCCCCGAGUGCCUGUGGUGUGCGGCACGGCCGGAAGAAGCGUGGCCCGGAACGGGCACCUUGCUGACGCGAGCGUCCGGACGCAUUCCUUGGAAAAGCUGAACAAAAUGAGUGAGAACUCCCUCCCGUCGUUCUCAUCGAAACUGAGGUCCAGCACGUUGUCCGCCCCAGGGAAGGUAAGCGUCAGGGACAGCAGGCUUCCCAUUGGCCACACUGCUUCAAGCACCAGCACCCACGGCCUGCGCCUGGGAGAGGCUCGCGGGGUGUGUCCGGGUCAGGGAGCCGUUUCCCCGCCUUAGCAGGCUUUCCACGGCUCGCAGGGCCUGAGGGCAAUGAGCGGC